UCAUGCGCUUGCAAGGAGCGAUUAGGCGCGCCGCGUUAUGGACGAUCCGGGGAAGGAGAAGGAUGGAGCCCAGGAUGCAGAGAGCGAAGAUUUUGGAGAAUAUUCAGCCCCAGCAGCUGAUAGUUCUAGUGGGGCGCCUGAAGAUGGUAGGACAGUUUUGGAUUCUGGCAGCAGCACAGAGAUGGAAUUGGAGGAGACCAUUCAAAGACCAGAUACAGAACCAGAUUCGGAAGAUCACCCAGAAAAAAUGAAAAGUAAAACUUCCAUGUCUUCAGAGAGGUCUUCUUAUGAGGAGAGUCAAGUGGGGAAGACUGAUGUCAUUUCAGAGCCAGACUCAGCAAUUACUCCCUGGGAAACAGUGACAGAGCCAUCCUCAGAAGGAGAGCCACCCUCAGAAGGAGAGCCACCCGCCACCUCUGAAGGAGAGCCACCCUCCACCUCCGAAGGAGAACCACCCUCGGAAGGAGAGCCACCCUCCACCUUGGAAGGAGAGCCACCCUCCACUCCUCAGAAGGAGAGAGAACCACCCUCGGAAGAAGAGCCACCCUCCACCUUGGAAGGAGAGCCACCCUCCACCUCCGAAGGAGAACCACCCUCGGAAGGAGAGCCACCCUCCACCUCUGAAGGACAACCACCCUCGGAAGGAGAGCCACCCUCCACCUCCGAAGGACAACCACCCUCGGAAGGAGAGCCACCCUCCACCUCCGAAGGACAACCACCCUCGGAAGGAGAGCCACCCUCAGAAGGAAAGGCACCCUUGGAAGGAGAACCACCCUCCGAAGGAGAACCACCCUCCGAAGGAGAGCCACCCUUGGAAGGAGAGCCACCCUCCACCUCCGAAGGAGAACCACUCUUAGAAGGAGAGCCACCCUCAGAAGGAAAGGCACCCUCAGAAGGAGAACCACCCUCAGAAGGAGAGCCACCCUCCAAAGGAGAGCCACCCUCAGAAGGAGAACCACUCUCUGAAGGAAAGCCACCCUUGGAAGGAGAGCCACCCUUAGAAGACAACAAGAUGCCAUUGCCAAGCUUAGCAGGAACAAAGAGCCGUCCUACGAUCCUGGGAGGAGUCAGAAGAGAAAGUUCCUCUUUAUACACGUCAAGCAGGGAGGCACUGGAUACUAUGGCUGCCGAUAUGCUCCAGAAACCCUUUGGCAUUUCUGUCUCCAUGCAGACAGAUUCAAGCUGGCUUCAUGAUCACUCGCCCAAGAAAAAGCCCAAGAGAAAGCUGAAGGAUAAACGCCUCUUUCUUGAGAAUGAUAUUUACGCUGUCUUGUCCCAAGAUCUCAGCAGUUUGGACAUUUUAUGCGACUCAGAGUUUAAAGAAGAAUUUGUAAAGCUGUUUCAGGAAUCGCUGCGAACACUGUCCAGUGUUGGGCUUCCGACUAUCCUAGCGUAUAGACGGGAAGAAUCACGAGGAGACAUGGAAAUAACGUUGGAAGAAGAAUAUCCUGCAAAUUGUGAGUUCUGUGGAAGCUUGUUGAGAGACUUUCCUUCAUUUGAAAGUCUAGAAAAAAUAGCAGAAUACGGUUCUCUUUUCUGUUGCCAGCGAUACAGAGAUCUACAGGAGUUCAUUAUGAAUGAAAGGAAGCUCUACAUGAAGAUGGGAGUGGAACUGAUUGAUAUAAAACCCCAUAAGGCCUACGGGACUGAGGCGGAGAGGCAAUUAGCACGGGAAAGGGCCCGCCAAAGGAUGCGAGAGAGACAAAUGGCAAAACAUUUGUCCUACGUUGCAGCUCAAAGGGAAAAAGCAAUGAGCAUGAUACAUGUCAGUCCUGAGUAUAAUAAACAACUCAAAACUAUUUCAUACAUUAUGUCCCAAGAACCUCCGUCUUCAACGGGCUGCACUAAAAUUCCAGCAAUCCCAGCGGAACGGAGGAUGAGUGAAGAUAUGACCUAUAGUAUCUCUUGUUGUGAUUUCACCAUUGCAGGUGGUAAGUUAUUGAAAAAUCAGUUCUUGCAACAAUACUACAAAAAUGGCAUCAAGUUUCUUACUAUGUUUCCAGAUGGGACAGCACAAAUUUUCUAUCCCUCUGGGAAUUUGGCCAUUAUUGUUGUAAAAAAGGAGAAUAACGGUUACAUUUGUAUAGUGCAAGAAGACAAGUCUGAGAAUGCAGACAUCCAAGCGGUGUUUGACUCCUCUGGGAAAGGGACUUGCUAUCAUCCUAAUGGAAUUAUAUGGAUAAACAUUACGGUUCGAGGAGGACAUUAUUCAGACCAAGAUGGCAACAAAGUAAAAACAUGGAUCUGGCCAAAUCACUUGCAGAAGUACACUCCCACCGUAUCGUUUAAACCCGUAUUUGGGUCCUUGAACCUGAAUGUCGGUGUCAGGAUUCUUGGUCAAGACAAAGUUGCCAUUUCUUUCCUGGCAAUGGGGAAACAAGCAAAAAUCAACAUAGGCACAAAAGUGCAGCCAUCCAGUCAUCAUCAGCCGUGGCCAAAGUCUGUGUCUGCGGAUGACCUCGUGCUGUUUGCAAGCAGAAUAAAGAUCCUCAAAGCAUUUGCUAAACUGCAUGACAGCAUAGAAUUUUCCUCCAGUGAUCAGUGGACUAAAAUUCAGCUCCCUUCGUACAUUUCAAAACAGGCUUUGAAACUGAUGGACCUUUGUAGAGAGUCUGCUGUAAGUGCAACUCUGGACAAUUUAAUCAUGUCAAUAAUAAACAUGCCAGCUUGAUUAGCA